UGGGCGCCUUCCAGCACACGCUGCAGCCCCCGCGCGAGCCGGCGCGCCCCCAGGGCUGCCCCGCGGGCCGCCCGCCCGCCGACCGCCGCCUCCGGCCGCCCACCCACCUGCGCAGCGUGUCCCCCUGGGCCUACAGCAGGAGCAGGAGCAGGUCUGGGAAGGAGGCCUGCUCUGGAGUGGCACGUCCAGGGUUGUCGCAGCUGGAAGUGGCAGGGGACAUUUCUGAGGAGCGAUGAAGGAGAGACUUCUGACAAGCCUUCGGUGUUCAGAGUCUGAGGUGCAGUUCCCACGACGGUCUGUCCUUGCAGCCGGGAUGUACAGACUUUCGGUGAACGCUGGAGUCCUGGGAAUGGCCUUAAACCUCCUGGGCUGGGCAACACUCCAGAACCACAGCAUACCCAGAGCUGUCAAGCAGCUCCGCCUGUUGUGCCUCAGUUUCCUCAGGAGGAAAGUGGGGUUGACCCAGAUGACAUUCCCCCCAGCACUGCUGGUUCCUGACUCGGCAUCAUCAGCACUCCCAGAGGCCCUGGGUUGGGACAGCCUUGGUGCUGGGGUGUCCUUCGACGCGGCCCGCUUCCCGCGCCACCUGCCUGAGGCCUACUGCCUGUGCCGCGGCUGCCUGACUGGGCCGGCGGGCACCGAGGACACGCGCUUCCGCAGCGCCCCGGUCUACGCGCCCGCCGUGGUGCUGCGCCGCACGGCUGCCUGCGCUGGGGGCCGAGCCGUCUACCGCGAGCACUACAUCGCCCUGCCCGUGGGCUGCACCUGCGUCCCCGCGCCCGCCGAGGUCGCCGCCAGCCCCGACGCCAGCAGCGACGAGCCCAGCGACCAGCCGGGGCCGUGAGCGGAGACGCUCUCCGCGAGUCCCUCCCCGGGACCCCAUCCCGCCUGCUGCUCCUGGGUCCCCUCCCCGGUCCCGCCCCGCCUGCCGCCUCUGCGUCCUCUCCCCACCCCGGGCCCUCAGAGCGCCCCACGUGCUGGAGGGUCCAGCGGACCCUUUCCGGCCAGCAGUGCUCACACCUGCUGCGGCUCUCUCCAGACUCUCAGCGGAGGAGUUCGGAUGCAGCCAAUAAAUCUGUUUCAUUUGGGGGCUACCCCCAACUCGGGCUGAGCCACGUGUGCUCCUGUCCGCCACCCCAUACGCUCUUUCCUGGGACCCCGCCUGAGCUGAGGACUGAGCAGGGCCGCAGGAGCUCAGGACUCCCAGCCGCAGAUUAGGUCUCAAUCAUGAGAAUAAUGUAAAUGACACAAUUAAACCUGGUUUCCACUGUUGAAGUUCAAGGGUGCCCGUUUGUGGAUACGGAUGUGGUGAGAUCAGGCAACAGCAGAAGGAAUGUGAUUUCUGCCAGUUCCCGAGAAGAAGCCAAGUCUCGGCUCAGUGUCAAGGGCCUCAGGAAGGCCACAAAGGAGGAGACGUCUCAGUCUGUGACUUAGAUAAGCAGCAGUGGCCUCCCGUGCACAUGCUUUAAGGGACAGAGCGCUCAUGCCCGCCUUCCGGCCGGAGGCUGCCCUGAAGACCAGGCAAUGGUGCUAGCAGGCUGAGGCGCCCUUCUCUCUUGAAUCAGACCUCAUGGCCUUGGCUGCCUUUGUAAAAAACACUAGGUUAAGUAAGGUUUUGCUUUAUCUUAAUUUUAGAAUUGAAAUUUAAGUUAAGAUUUGAGUUAGGGCCCAGGUAUUGCUCAGUGGUCAGGCACAUGAAGCCAAGUGUUCAGCCCUGGCACUGCCCUGCAUCCCAGCAGCGUUACUGCACAAAAUCCCCAAUGCCACAACAGAGCAGGCGAUCCAACAAACACAGCCAGGCUGAGCAAUUGCAGAAACAGGGGAAAAGCUUAGUUUCUUAAGGAAGGAAGAAGUUUUAAAAAACUAAUUCUCAAAAUAAAUAAAUUAAUAAAUUACAUUAAAUAACUAAUUCUGGGGCCAGAGCAGUAAUACAGGAGGGAGGGCAUUUGCCUUGCAUGCAGCUGACCUGGGUUUGAUCCCCGGCACCCUGUUGGUCCCCCGAGUAAUUCCUAAGCGCAGUUGCUGGGUGUGACCAAAAAAGCAACAUAUAUAUAUAGACUGGAGCGAUAGCACAGCAGGUAGGGUGUUUGCCUUGCACACGGCUGACUGGUUCGAUUCCUCCUUCCCUCUCGGAGAUUCCGGCAAGCUACCAAGAGUAUCUCACCCGCACGGCAGAGCCUGGCAAGCUCCCUGUGGCGUAUUCGAUAUGCCAAAAACAGUAAUAAGUCUCACAAUGAAGAUGUUACUGGUGCCCACUCUUUUCCCUUUUUUAUAGUAUCAUUAACCAAGCCCAAGAAGAUGUUAUUCCCCGGUGUCAGUGGUACAGAUGAAAUGAAACUGCUGGUUCCCAACUUACUCUCAGCCUUCGUUUGACAUAGUGGGAAGGUUUGCCGAGAAGACUUUAAACUUAUACUAAAUAGUGAUAGUAGUUGUGUGUGCAAACCCACAAAGCAGAAUCCAUAUUUUCCAAAUAAAUUCAAAGUGGGAAGUGACAGCUGUGGAGAGUUCUGUACUGGCCAUACUGAGAAGGCAGAUUUUACUGUUACUUCUGUCACUGUCACUGUCAUCCCAUUGCUCAUCGAUUUGCUCAAGCGGGCACCAGUAACGUCUCCAUCAUGAGACUUGUUGUUACUGUUUUUGGCAUAUCGAAUACGCCAUGGGUAGCUUACCAGGCUCUGCUGUGUGGGCGAGAUACUCUCAAUAGCAUGCCAGGCUCUCUGAGAGGGGCGGAGGAAUCGAACCCGGUCGACCGCGUGCAAGGCAAACACCCUACCUGCUGUGCUAUCACUCUAGCCCUUUAGAG